CAUUUUGGUAGUUCUUGUUUCAGUCGGAUUUUGAGGAAAGACAAAAUUAUCACGGUCAUGUGAUUUUUAUGGACGCUACAGCUGCUGAAUGUCGGGAGACCGUUCCGCAAUAAUUAUUCUUCUUUUUUGAUGUUCUUUGCUGAGUAAUAUGUUGUUAGUAUUAACCGAUGAGCAUAAAGAGCACCUGGGAUUUCUGCCCCAGGUGGACUCUGCAGUGGUGGGGGAAUUCGGACGAAUAGCGGUGGAAUUUAUGAAGAAAGGCUCGAACCCUAAAAUCUACGAGGGGGCAGCGAGAAAGUUAAACGUGCCAGUUGAAACGGUUCAGCACGGUGUGGAGGGUCUGAUGUACCUCCUCACGGAGAGCUCCAAACUCAUGAUCUCUGAGGUGGACUUCCAGGACUCGGUGCUGGUGCUGGGCUUCACCGAGGAGCUGAACGACCUGCUGCUCCAGCUCUACCUGGACAACCGCAGGGUGAUCCGGAACAUUCUCCAGGAGCUGGCCCCCUCCCUGCCGCACUACCACAACCUGGAGUGGAGGCUGGACGUGCAGCUGGCCAGCCGCGCCCUGCGGCAGCAGGUGAAGCCGGUGGUGACCCUGAAGCUGCACCUGGAGACGGAGGGGACGCAGAGCGCGCGCGUGCUGCAGACGGACCCCGCCACCCUGCUGCACGUCAUCCGGGAGCUGGAGCGCGCGCUGGCCGAGGUCAAGACCAACCACUGCCGCAGGAUCCUGCGCAACAUCAAGUAGCGCCGCGCGGCUAACGGCUAACGGCCACUGCCCCGCGUCAGGGACGGGAGGAGGCGGGGAGAACGGGCAGCUUUCACUUAAUCUGAACACCGAGGCACUUCAGACGACACCACUCUACUGCUCUUAGCGAAAGAACUGCAUUAAACUGUUUUUUUUGUUUGUUGUUUUUUCGUGUUUUUUUUUUUGUUUUUUUUUGGCUAUGGGUCAGGAAAAUCGUACAUUGCGUAGCCGAACUGGACAUCGCCUGCUUUUUUUAUUCUGGUCGAAAGGCAGUUAUUGCCGGUUCCUUAGUUAACGUGGCGAAGAUGGCGGUCACAAGCCACGCCUGUCUUCAGGAAAAGGACACGGGAUUGUGCAGCCUGGUCUUUAAGAUGACGUGUUGGGUUGAGCGUUCAUUUGGGCUUUUGUUCCAUUACCUUGAAACGGUUGGCCUGUCUCUGCACUGCCACUAAACUGAGUGAGAUGAUGAUGAUGAUGAUGAUGAUGAUGAUGAUGUCACUCGUAGUGAGUGUGAUGAUUGGCUAAAGGUUAGUUGCGCUUCAAAAACACUUUAGAUACCCUGCAAACUUUGUGUACGUGUACGUAAAACCACAAUGGAAGGCACCCGUGGAACAUAUACUCUCAUUAAAGUUGGGUGAGCCCAUUCCAGGAAGUAAAAGCGAUGCUUUCAGCAGUCCGAGACAGGAAGGAAACAGAAGUACAGGAGAAAGACAUAACCGGUUCUGAUCAUAACCGGGCAUCUAAUGUGAGUUUGAGGUUGUGCUCUCAAAUGAACCUGGCAAAUGCCGUAAUGCAUGUGGUGUCAUUGCCACUGUCGCUGGUUGCCACCACAGGGUAGAACUCCCCAGAUCGGAUCGCUUUGCGAAUGGCAGGUCGUAACUGCAGCAAAAUUAUAUUAUUACAAGAGUCGUGAGCAGCUUCUCCGCAACUGUGAUGCCCCAAUAACUGGCGGCUUCAUUCAGGUGAUGAGUUAUGAACUUUAGCCUGUGGUUUUGAAGCCGAUGCUUCAACUAAUCGUUAAAUUUGAAGCAGAUUUCUGGUAUAUUUCUGGUGCCUUUCCAGCGCUUCAGUGUGUACAAAUCUGUGUUGUGUGAAAGGGUGCAGUUUUGUUAACUCCUUGUUUGGAUGAGACGGUGUUCUAUCUGGAGUUCCACUGCACCAUGGUAACGUGUCACAGAGGUGCAACCUAAUUAGUCUUAUAGCCUUUAUAAAAUGUACUGCUCAUACGACUUAUGAAUUGAUUUCAUAUGCGUGUCUGCUGUUUGUGCUCUGUGUAAAGCUGGGUUUUUGUGAUGUGCAGAGAACUUUAACAUGGGGGCAUCUGUUUGCUCCUGUAAAUUUAGUGCAGAUUUUCCUUAGAGGGACACUGAUCCCAAAUUCCACAUUGUGGUAUUUUGAUUCCUUCGUUUUUUGAGCGAUUAUGCUUUGAAGGACUAGUUUGUUUUAACUGGUGUUUUUGAUUGCUUUGUUGGCAGACGGAUCAAUGUACCAUCAGAAAAAGUGUAUUUUUAGCCGCAAAUAGUUGAAGGACUUUGUGGGACCAAUUGUGAAUAGAUGGGAAAGGAAGGGGGUGAUGGUGGGGGGGUGCACUACCAGAAAAUUGUUCUGUAUUGUAAGUCAUUUCUUCAUUGGCUGUUGGCUGUUGAAGCUGGAAGAUGUCCCUUGCCCGCGAGCCUGAGGAUUCCAGCCACAGCCAAUCAGAGACGGAGUUCUGCACAUGCUCAGAUACGAGGGUUCCGCACCCUGUGAAUGCAUUGUUUGUAAUGUGUCACAGUUCAACAUCAUUGCCUUUUUGAUUUUUUAAAAAUUCUUUUUUUUUUUUUUUUUUUUAAAUGUAUGCAUGCCUUGCAGAGAGAGAUGUUAUGUUAUUGGAUGUUAGAUUAUUACAUAGCUAAAACCAUGAGCAUAGCUAUUUUCUUAUUGCUUUACCUGAAUGAAAAAUCGGAUGCUUGAAUUUUACAUCUAUGAGUUUUUAUAAAGUGAGAUCUCAUAA